AUGUCUGCUACAACAAAAAAAUUAAUAACUAAAUCAUUGCUCGAGGAUGGAAACUCAAGAUUUAAAGUUACUUAUGAACUUACUGGUUCCUCAUACACUUCGUUUCAAUUAAUUGAUGAAAUGACUCAAGAUACUAAAACGUUUGAUCAAUUCAGUACUCAUUAUGAAAAUCUAACAAUUAUUGAUUCAAUUAUGUCAGGGAUAGGUAGAAAGCCGCAAACAGAUUUUUAUCAAAUUGUAAUUAAACCUGUGUUAAACUUUUCAAAUAUUAAACAUGAAUAUUUAAAGACUGAAUCCGCUGAUUCAAUUGAAACCUUUGCUAAACGAUUAAAAACAAAUCAAAAUUAUACAAUUAUAUUUCUUUCUGGAGAUACUAGUAUUUCUGAAUUGGUCAAUAAUUUACCUGUUUUGAUUGACGAAACUACCAAAAUUAGAAAAUUUAUUAAAAUUGUACCCAUUGCAAUGGGUUCAGCUAAUGCUUUAGCCAACUCGAUUGGACUUGGAAAUCCCAUAGAAACUUUUGAUAAUUUUUUACAUGGAAUGAAACGAACCACUGCAUUUCCAUUAUAUAAAGUGAUUUUCCCUAAUGAGAAACAGAUUAUCUUUUUCAUUAUCUUUUCAAUGGGGUUCCAUGCUAAUCUUUUACAUCUUUGUACUCUGGAUCCUAAAUAUUCAAGUCUUGGUGUUGAAAGGUUCCAACUGGCAAGUACAGAAAUAUUAGAUAAUUAUGACCUUAACCUUAAAUUAGAAAUUAAAUUAGCUAAAAAAACAAUUGUUUCACAGUUUGCUUAUUUUGCUCUUAUUAAUACUCCAAAUUUAGAAGAAAAAUAUAUUCCAUCUCCACAAUAA